GCCGAACCCUGGUCCCUCCUCCACAAUGUGGCUUCUCCUCACUCUCUCCUUCCUGUUGGCAUCCACAGCAGCCCAGGAUGGUGACAAGUUGCUGGAAGGUGACGAGUGUGCACCUCACUCCCAGCCAUGGCAAGUGGCCCUCUACGAGCGUGGACGCUUUAACUGUGGCGCUUCCCUCAUCUCCCCACACUGGGUGCUGUCUGCGGCCCACUGCCAAAGCCGCUUCAUGAGAGUGCGCCUGGGAGAGCACAACCUGCGCAAGCGCGAUGGCCCAGAGCAACUACGGACCGCGUCUCGGGUCAUCCCACACCCGCGCUACGAAGCGCGCAGCCACCGCCACGACAUCAUGUUGCUGCGUCUAGUCCAGCCCGCACGCCUGACCCCCCAGGUGCGCCCCGCGGUGCUACCCACGCGUUGCCCCCACCAGGGGGAGGCCUGUGUGGUGUCUGGCUGGGGCCUGGUGUCCCACAACGAGCCUGGGACCACCGGGAGCCCCCAGUCACAAGUGAGUCUCCCAGAUACGUUGCAUUGUGCCAACAUCAGCAUUAUCUCGGACACAUCUUGUGACAAGAGCUACCCAGGGCGCCUGACGAACACCAUGGUGUGUGCAGGCGCGGAGGGCAGAGGCGCAGAAUCCUGUGAGGGUGACUCUGGGGGACCCCUGGUCUGUGGGGGCAUCCUGCAGGGCAUUGUGUCCUGGGGUGACGUCCCUUGUGACAACACCACCAAGCCUGGUGUCUAUACCAAAGUCUGCCACUACUUGGAGUGGAUCAGGGAAACCAUGAAGAGGAACUGACUAUUCUGGCCUAUCUCCUGUGCCCCUGACUGAGCAGAAGCCCUCACCGCUGGCCAGCAGCCCCGCCUGACAUGGAACAGAACGGAGCCAUCACCCAAGACCCUGUCCAAGGCCCAGAUGUUCGCCAAGGACUUUCCCACCUGAGGACAAAGUUGGCACUCAAGGUCACCUGUUUAACGCCAAGAUAACAAAGCACUGAUCCAAGAUUCUCCGUAGGAAUUUCUGUGACUUUUUUCUAGGGUCAAAGGGAAACCCAGAGACACUGUACACUGUUCCUUUUCACCCACCACCCCGAUCCCUAGGUGAGGAGAAGCGGCUUGAAGCAGGGCUCCAUUCAUUCAACACACAUGACCACCCGUGUGAUCUUGAACAAGAGGCCCAAUCUCACUUGGCCUUGGUUUCCUCAUCUGUAAAAUGAGACCAUCUUAUUGCUGAUUUCAAAGGGCUGUUGUGAGGAUUAAAUGAGAUGAUUUGUCUGAACUGAUUAAAAUAGUCUGUCACUGA